AUGUCCAUCUCUCACUAUCUGAUUGAGGAGCCUAUUGCUGUUGAUAUAACUGGUAUAUCUUCGGACAUUUCGAAUGGCUUGAAGAAGGCUUCCGCCCAACGGAUCAAUUCUAUCAAUGCUCGUCUGCAGUAUGUCGAACGUUCGUUUCUCAACCCAAUGGUUACGGUGGAUGAACUCUACUAUCGUCAUCUAGUAUUCUCACCAUCCACACAAUCUUCACGUAUAACGUCAUUUGCUAGUAUUCUUGACCCAGCUUUGAAAUAUCAUCAUUCUCAUAAUGAAACUCACUUGCAUAAUUUGGCAAUGGCAAUCACAAAAGUGCAAUAUGCUGUUGAAAGUGCCAUUGAUGCUCUUCAGUAG